ACGUACGCAAACCCACCAGUACUCCGCGCGGCGGCACUCGGGGUGCGCGUGUCGCCUUCCAACACACUCACAUUAACACACUGACGCACCACAACUGCAUUGUGCAUUUGCGACGACAAUCGCUAUUUGCUAACCUGAAAGUGAAACAUUGCCGGCGUCCCUGUGCCCCCAUGUAAAUGCUCGUUCCCGUCCGCGAGGAGAAAAAUAAACAUAGCACUUCGGUGUGUCAAUUGUUUCAGACUUGGCUCCAGACAGCGGCCCCCCGCCGCGCGCCCCCGCCUGUACAUUAUAAUCUGUGGAUUCUGUGAUGCUGACACGAACAGAGCCCUACAGGAAACUGCGUCCUAGAGGGCGACGGAGGACGUUACCGUCUACUAAGUAAUAGAUAGUUCCUAAGUGUAAAGUGUUUCGUUGCCAAAAUGAUGGGCAACCGGAGAAACUUAGUGUUUAGAGUGAGCAUCGUGAUCAACAUCGCGGUGCUACUGUACGCGGCCAUGCACCUCUCUGGCACCACCAGCAACGGAAUAGACUGGAUGCCGGUUGCCGUGGACGGGCAGGAGCCCGCGCGCAGCGCCGAGGUGCGGUACCUCUACGAGCGACGACCCGAGGCCCGCAACGAGACAGAAACUAGACCUGAACCGCUUCUCAAAACUUACGAUGAAACCACCUCUCACAAGACACCGUCCACUGUGGCCACUACCAACAAGACUGCUUCGAGCACGGCAUCUGCUGUGGUUCCGUCGGAGUCGGAAAUAACCAGCGAUGGUCUAGACAUAGUCGACGAGAACGCUUUAUCAGAAGCUACACUGCAGCGCCUGCGCUCUCUGCUGAACUGUAAUGAGAGGGACUUCUUGCCGGUGACCUACCAGCGGGGAGAGUUCUGGGUGCUGAAGAACUACGUGCGCGCUGAUGACGGCGCCGUGCUCUGUCACGAAUCCAUCACCUACACCACGCACGCAGGCUUUGAAUUCCUCGACAACGUCCUGCCGCUCGUCGAAAGAUGGAUGGCGCCUGUAAGCUUGGCCAUCCACGCGCCGGGCGCCGACCUGUCGCCCACGGUGAACAGCAUCAGGUACCUCCGGGACUGCACCGGCAACGACCUCGUCCGCUCGUACGUCACCUUCCACGUAUUCUUCUCACACAAGCAUAUACCGAGCACGAUACCAGACCCCGAGAGCUUCCUAAAUACGCCAUACAAUUGCAGCAGCAACCCGCCGUAUGUAGUGACCAACUCGACGUACAUGAAGCAGAAAAGCCUGCUCUAUCCCGUGAAUGUAGCUCGCAACAUCGCGCGAGACUCGGCGCUCACGCACUACGUACUGCCAUCGGACAUCGAGUUGUAUCCUAGCCCUAAUCUGGUCCCGCGGUUCCUGAAUAUGAUAGCGAGAAACGCAAAACCUCUGAACACUUCAACUAAACCUAGGGUCUUUCCAAUCAGCAUAUUUGAAGUCGAUGCCAAAGUCAAAGUGCCAUCAACCAAAACUGAGCUUCAGGAGAUGUUGAAGAAGAAGAAAGCCAUUCCAUUCCACAAAUUUGUGUGUCCAACCUGCCACAAUAUACCUCAAGCGCAGCAGUGGAUGUCUGCUAGUGAAACAACCCAAAUGGAGGUGUUCCACGUAGGCAAAAGAAAAGGCAAGUUCGUUAUCUGGGAGCCUAUCUUUAUCGGCACUCACCAAGACCCUUACUACGAUGAGCGGCUGAGCUGGGAGGGCAAAAAGGACAAAAUGACGCAGGGUUACAUAUUAUGUGUUAAAGACUACGAUUUCAUGAUCCUCAACAACGCGUUCCUCAUCCACAAGCCCGGGAUCAAGUACUAUGUGAAGAAUGCCAAGCGAGACGCUAUCGUGGCUCGGCAGAACCACUUCGUGAGGCAGGUCAUCACACCUGAGCUCAAGAGGCUCUUCGGCACCAGGGAUGGCUGUGCGAUGUGACCAAUAAAAUAUGAGCACGUCUCAUGAAAAUAAUGAUGAACGCAAUUUCUGUGUCUUGAAAACAACAGUCAGUCGUUAUUUAACGACACGAUGCUAGUUCAUUUACUUGUAGCCUUAUAAGCCAGCUAAAAGCGCGGGAGUCGAGUGAAAAAAUCUACCAAAAAAAUACACGUGCGCCUUUGGCAACUCAUCUCUGCUGCAUUUCUCAUCUUGAACGCAAACGUUAAAAAUAUACAUACAAUACAUCACUUCAACUUUUUUGGAGUUGAAUGAAAUUAUUGCUAAUAAUUGUAACUUGUCGAACGUAUGCAUUGUUCUGUAUACGGAAAAGAAAAAACGUAAGUAUAACAUAAGGGAAAGUGGAAAUAACAUAUCAACAAUUGCUCUUGAGGAUGUAAGUUAAAAUUUAUAAAACCUUUUUACAAAAAAAGGAAACCGACUUCAAAAAGGAUGAAAUAAAAUAUUAUCCUUUUUAAAGUCUAUGCGUUACCAACGGAUAUGUUUGAAGUCGCUGCCAAGCCAAAUUUUGAAGCACACCAUGAUUUUGGUGCGAUUCGAUAAGGAUGUAGGUACGUUGGAUUGCCUUACACGACGACUCGACGUACUUUCUGUAGGUACAGUCGACGUUAAAAAUAUGUUUACACUUUUCGCCUUAUUAUGUACAAAGGAGUAAUAGUUAGGGAGGCGAGGUAGCUAAAUGGCGUAAUUCAACGGCGCCGUCGAGACCUAUCAAAAUCGAAAGAUAAAAUAAUUUCGAAAAGAAAAGCUCGUAUGGCAAAAACCAUUUUAGCGGUGGGUUUGGCGUGUACGGUUUUUCAAAAAUGUUAAAAAAAACAGUUACUUGGGCAUUCUCGAGCGCGUCAGAUAUUCAUACUACGUAUGCCCCGAGUGCCUCUGAUAACAACGGUAUACUAAUCUGCCGGUUUGCGUGGUGGGGCAGGCAUAUAAAGUAGUCAAAAAUGCAAAAAAAUAAAAUUUACUCGAGCGCGUCAGAUUUUCGGAAGGGGUGUUAAGUAGGCCCCAAGGAAGCUUCCUUUAAAAAAACUGACGAUUUCGGCGUGACGAUAAGUUACGAUGAAUUUUUGAAAAUGCAAAAAAAAAAAGUUUUUUUGAAAUACUCGAGCGCGUCAGAUUUUCAUAGGGGAGGUUUAUCUCGGUAUCCUGAAAGCAUAUUUUUUUAAUCUGACAAAAAUGUUGGUGGGUUCUCUUAAUCUGACCGAUUUUAUGAUGCUUCAAGUCAAAAAGUUUUAACU